GCGUGUCGGCGUUGGCGUCAUCAUCCUCAUUCUCUUCUGUUCUUGAGUUCAGUGGAGGUGGACGUGUUGUGUCUAUUUGAACAUUUUUGACUGAAUUUGUAUAUAAACACUAGUAAAUAUGGCAAAUAAUCAAGAUUGUCCCAUGGAAAACGGUGAAGACUUCUCACAAGACGUAACCGGUGACCAAAAUUUCAGCCAAAACCAAGGGGAUCAAGUAAAUGGGCAAAACGGCUCAGGAGACGCUCCCCCAGCAGAUAGUGGUAGUGCAGACGCCCCAGGUCGAGAUGAUGAUAGAAAAUUGUUUGUUGGUGGACUGAGUUGGGAAACAACUGACAAGGAACUACGUGAUCAUUUCGGACAAUACGGUGAGAUCGAAAGUAUAAAUGUAAAAACGGACCCGAAUACUGGAAGAUCAAGAGGAUUUGCUUUUAUCGUCUUCAACAACGCGGAAGCCAUUGACAAGGUUGUCGCUGCCGGUGAACACGUUAUCAACAACAAAAAAGUCGAUCCCAAAAAGGCGAAAGCGCGACAUGGAAAAAUAUUCGUUGGUGGACUUACCAAUGAACUUUCUGAUGAUGACAUCAAGAAUUAUUUUGGCCAAUACGGCACUAUCAUCGAAGUUGAGAUGCCUUUUGACAAAACUAAAAAUCAAAGGAAAGGAUUCUGUUUUAUUACAUUUGAGUCAGAGCAGGUGGUUAACGAAUUACUGAAGACCCCUAAACAGACCAUCAAAGAUAAAGAGGUUGAUGUUAAGAAAGCCACUCCUAAACCCGACGCCAUGGGCGGGAUGCGCGGCGGCAGAAUGAUGAGCAGCCGAGGCGGAACCAGAGGCCGAGGGCGAGGUGGAUAUGGAGGCCAGAACUGGAAUCAAGGCUAUGGAGCGUACGGCGGAUACGGCCAAGGAUAUGGGGGCGGUUACGAUGGAUACGGGGGUGGGUAUGACUAUUACGGCGGCGGUUAUGGAGGCUAUGGUGGCUACGAUUACUCCAAUUAUGGCAACUAUGACUAUGGAUAUGGUAACUAUGACGGAGGAUAUGGUGGUGGUCGCAGUGGUGCGCGCGGAAAAGGUGGCUCGGGUUAUCAGGGAGGUAAACAGCGUGGUGGUGGCGGUGGCGGCCGAAACCAAAGGCAUCAACCUUACUAAUUAUAUUUGUAAAAAAAGUCUUAUUAGGUAUGUGAGUCUGACUGAAAAGCCGUUUGAUUGUCUGUCACCUUUUACAAUGUUUCUCAUUUUUUUCUUUUUUACAUGAAUUUAUUGCAAUCAUUCCAUCGCGGUUUUGGAAAAAUGAAGAUGUACAAAGGUUUUUUUCUGCAUGAAUAACAUUUUUAUUUUGUUUAACAAAAAUCGUAAAAAUUGUCAUCACAUCAAAACAAUAAGCAGAGAUAUACCUUCCUGUAUUAAUUAUGUUUUUAUUUAGUAGUAAUGUAAUUGUAGAAUAAGUUUAUGUAAUUGUGUAGAGGGCAUUAUGUACUUCCUCUACUGUAUGACAAUUUAAUAAUAAAUACUUUGUGUAAAUAA